AUGCUCUCUGUGCAGAACCGGACCCAGGAAUUCAAAAGCGCGGUCGCGGCGCAGGCGCGGCUGCGGCAAAACGCCGUGCCGGCGCCACAAACCCGAUCUGCAAAGUCGCAGUUUGCCCAGGACGCGUCGAAAAUCGCCGCCGAAAUCGCCGACACCACACAGAUGCUGCAACGGCUAGCACAGCUGGCGCAGCGCAAGACGCUGUUCGACGACCGCCCCGUGGAGAUCAACGAACUGACGCACGUGAUCAAACAGAAGGUGUCGCGGGUUAACGAGCAGCUGACCCAGCUCCAGCAACGGGCCAAGCAGUCGACGGGCCAGAAGCAGACCAUGGAGCACUCGAAAAACGUGGUGGUGUUGCUGCAAGAAAAGCUGUCGACAGUCACGGCAGGGUUUGCCGAUGUUCUGGAGGAGAGAACUCGAAACAUCCAGGCAUCCAAAUCUCGACAUGAACAGUUCAUUUCCGCCACGUCGGCUUCCACACAACAAGCGGCUUCCAGCCCGCUCUACGGCUCGGGAACAGCUUCGUCCAACCCUUACGAUAUGCAGAUGCAACAGCAGGAUCAACUGAGUGGAGCAGACCCAGAAACAUCAGACCUGUUGACCCUCCCCCAGCAGGACACGUUACUGCUUGACCAACAAGACAUGUACGUGCAGCAGCGGUCGACAGCCGUGGAGGCCAUCGAAAGCACCAUCCAAGAACUUGGAGGCAUGUUUUCGCAAUUGGCCACUAUGGUGGCGGAACAGAGAGAAACUGUGGCCCGAAUCGACCAGAACACCGAUGAUAUCUCGUUGAACGUGAGUGGAGCGCAGAGAGAACUCAUGAAGUACUACGCUCGAAUCUCGUCGAAUCGGUGGUUGAUGGUCAAGGUGUUUGGUAUUGUUAUUGCGUUUUUCAUGUUGUGGGUGUUGAUUUCGUAA